GUGUGUGUGUGUGGGUGUGUGCUCGUGUGUAUAAAUAGCCGAGCGAACCGCAGGAUUCGCUAACAUUGCGUGUGUUUCGCUUCACAGAGACGCUCCAAAGUUCGCUGGGCAGUCGGUCGCGAGGGCGCCUAUAAAUAGGCAACGCUUAAUUUGGAAUCAAUUUGGGAGCUGCGUUUCGCCCGAAGCAUGCGAGGACAAUAGAUAGCAGUGCAAUAUGGAGAUGUCGGGCUAUCAGGAUAUCAGCGCAUUGGAAAAAUCGGUGGCCAAUGCUGGCACCCAGCUGUAUACGAUGGCCCAUAAGCUGCACGCUGUGGAGCGCAGCUUGGAUCAGACGGCAAUGGAGCAAAUGGACGAAAUGGAGGUAAUGGAGCUGCUCGAGUCCAUGACCGAGGUGAAGAACGAGUAUCAGAAUCUGCGCAAGGACAUACAGGAGGUGCAGCAAUUGCAGCGUGACGUCAGCACCUCGAUACGCUAUCAAAUGACCAACAUGCAGCAGACAUUUCAAAUGCUAAAAAAACGCAUUGCCUCAUCCCAGCAGCAGCGCCGCCAAAGGGAACAGCGACAGAGCACCACCGUGGCGGCCAAUCAGCAUUGAGCCAACAAAUUGUGGCAUGUGGGCAUAGUGUAGUGUAGCGUGUACUGUAGCGUGUAGUGUAGCGUAUAGUGUUGUGUAGCAGCGUGUAGAGUAGUGCGUAAGUCCGAUGCGUGACGGGCGGGUGGCAGAGGGGUGGGGGCCCGUAGUUGACCUAGGCAGGCUGUUUAUGAAUUUAAUAUGAUUUUUAUUGAUUUCGCAUUAGUUGAACUGAAUUUGCGGUUGCCUGCUCGAAGAAAAGAAAAAAAAAAGAAUAAACCCUAUAUACACAUACACACAUACAUAUAUAUAUAUAUAUAUAUAUAUAUAUAUGUAUCUAUAUAUAGAUAAGAGAAAUAUUCCUGAGUGGGUAACCUGUUGCCAUACAAACCUACAAGCCUACACAAAUACGUACGUACAUACAUGGUAAUCGUGUCAAAUUGUUGGAUAUUCCUUGAAAUCAACAGACAAACAAAGCAAUCUUUUUUUAUCGUCAUAUGUCUGAGCAAUCAGAAACACGUACAUAUGUAUGUGUACUAUAACAAUAUCAAGAAGCAACAACAAAAGCUUUUUUAUACACAAUACAAAUCCUAGAACAAAAUACUUAUGCUCGUAACUCGUAACUUUAACUACUUGAGAAAACACACACACAUAUA